AUGUCUGCGAUUAGAGCUGUGAUUUUUGAUUUGGGAGGCGUUUUGUAUCCCUUUCGGGACUACAGCAAAUUUAAAUACAUGUGUCAGAAAGGUAACCUUGGUGCGAGUUCGUGUUAUUUCUGGUGUUGUAGCAUCAGCCGAUCCAAAAACUAAAAAAAAUUUGAUUGGGUGGCAAGAAGGGGCCUUGGCCACAUCUCAAGUCCGCGAUUUUUUCGAACAAACAUUCGGUAUCUUGGUGGGUUCUUACAUUUAUUAAUAACGCAAAAAAAAUUUUAGCCGAAAAAUGUGGAAUUGGAAAAGAUAAAGUUGGAAGAUUUUAUGGGACCAAAAGUAAGCAAUUAUUAUAAAUACCGUAUACUUUUUACCAGCAUGAAAAAAUAUGGAAAUGCAUAAAAAAAUUGAAACAAAACGACAUCAAGACUGCUCUGCUGACCAACAAUGGCUGGUGGACUGACAAGAAGGACAAGAGUGUGAUAUUUGAGGACCUCUCUCUCUUCGAUGUUGUAGUAGAGUCUUGUAAAGAAGGAAUCUGCAAGCCAAACCCCAGAAUAUUUGAAGUAAGAGAUAGCUUCUCAUUCUACCGUUUUUAUUUAUUAGAGCAAGACUCCUGGUCUUGUUUGAGCAUUCAUUUGAACAAAAAAUAUUUUAGAUAACCUUAAAUCGGCUCGGCCUAAAGCCCUCUCAAUGUGCAUUUAUCGAUGAUCUCGAAAAGAAUGUGGAAAGCGCCAAUAGACUCGGAAUCAACGGGAUUCAGGUGACCUUUCUUAUUACGUUCUUUCCGAUUAUUAUCUUAAUUUUGAUCGGAAAUAACGGCUUUUUAAAAAAACCCUUGAGCACGUUCGAAACGCUUAGUUUUUUUAUCUUUUGGUCUCGUUUCGAAAAUGUUGUGCGUUCUCUGCAUAAAAUGUGCUCAUUACACAGACUUGGAAUAUUGUUUCAGAUGGUGGACCAGGACCAAGAUCUAGCUCUGGACAAAUUGCAACAACUUCUCAGCGUCCCUCUAAAAUAA